AUGGCGCGCGGAACGCCGGCUAUACUGCGGCGACAAGCCACCCUUCGACCCCCCGAGCACACCGAGCGGCUCACCAAGACACGCCGCCUGCCGCUCCCACUCUUGCCGCUUCCCAAGUCCGUUGCUGUGGUAUUGCGAGGCCCCGCCGUAAACCACGCGAACCACGUGGCUGCUAGCGACUGUGCCUCCUUCGGGGUUGGGCAAGAUGAGUGUGGCAGUCAGGACUUCGGCUACGUCUUCGUCUAG